CAGUAUGGAGAAGAGCCAGUAUGGACCCCCGCAGGACGUGUCUGCUCCCCCCUACCCCGGCCUCCCAGCGGGCUACCAGGGAAGUGGAGGGGGAACAGCCUACCCCCCUCAGCCUGGCUACCAGGGAAGUGGCGGGGGAACCGCCUACCCCCCUCAGCCUGGCUACCAGGGAAGUGGCGGGGGAACCGCCUACCCCCCUCAGCCUGGCUACCAGGGAAGUGGAGGGGGAACAGCCUACCCCCCUCAGCCUGGCUUCCAGGGAGGUCCCCAACCCGGCAUGUACCCACCACCUCCCCAACCCGGCAUGUACCCACCACCUCCCCAAUACGGCACGAGCAUGGCACAACCUACAAACGCCCCCAGUGUAACCCAGGUGGUGGUGAUGCAGCAGCUGCUGCCUAGAGACGUACCCGGCCAGAUGACGUGUCCCCACUGUCAGGUCCCGGUUCUGACAGAGACCACACACACCCCUGGACUGCGCACCUGGGUCCUCUGUGGAGUCCUCGGCGUCUUAAUGUGCUGGCCAUGCUGUUUGAUUCCGUUCUGUGUUGACUCCUGUAAGGAUGUAGAACACUACUGCCCCAACUGCAAGAGAGUGAUCCACAUCCACAAACACAUGUGAACAGACCAAGAUGAGACGUCUGCCACAAAGUGAUCCACAUCCACAACUAGCCCCGGCCCACAGAUACUGCUGCCACAAAGUGAUCCACAUCCACAACUAGCCCCGGCCCACAGAUACUGCUGCCACAAAGUGAUCCAUACCAAUACACCACUACUCUACACCACUAGUCUACACUACACCACUAGUCUACACUACACCACUAGUCUACACUACACCACUAGUCUACACUACACCGCUAGUCUACACUACACCGCUAGUCUACAUCACAACUCUACACCUCUACACCACUAGUCUACACUACACCACUAGUCUACACUACACCGCUAGUCUACACUACAUCACUAGUCUACAUCAGAACUCUACACCACUAGUCUACACUACACCGCUAGUCUACACUACAUCACUAGUCUACAUCAGAACUCUACACCACUACUCUACAUUACUAGUAGAUCAAGAACGCUUUUAGUACCUGAGUAAUGGUGACUCAUUUCCAACCAUAACACACACACACACACACACACACACACACACACACACACACACACACACACACACACACACACACACACAUACUUGUGAAGCAACGUGCUCCUCAUGAAAAUAUAAAUAUCUGUGGUGAGAAGUCACAGUGUAAAGACAAUAGUCUGUCUGUGGCUGAGAUGACUACUGGAAGACCAGCUUAACAUUGACUAGUGUCAGUGUGUAACAAGCUAAGGCCACUUCUAGCAGACCUUUUACACUGAUUGUAAUGUAUGUUUUCUUUCAUUCUGUAUUUGUAUUGACGUUGGUAUCGAUUGGUUGUUGGGUUUUUUAAAGGCACAGUCCACAGUUGAAACAAUAAAAAAGCUGAACCCCGCCUCUGUUUUUGUAAAAAGCUGUGGGAUGGGGCUGGAGAAAUGUAACCGCUCUCAAAGACAGAGCUAUGCAUGCAAUGACUGACCAUCCAACGUUAUAGCUUUAUCCAAGUUUUGAGGCUAUACGGUGUUUGUUUACAUGUACAAACAUUGGAGCAAAACAAGCUUAUAUGUUGGGUUCUGAUGGGGUACAACAGUUGAACUAAGCACAAGAAGCAGUCAUAAGUGAUAUUCUUCUAGAUCCCAAAAAAUGGAUGUAUUAACUGCGGAUUGCCCCUUUA